GUGGAAGGUGAGACUGCUCGUAGUGUUGAAGAAGCAAUCAAGGUACUAUCCAUAAAAGCAUCACCUAGAGACUAUCAUCCUGAGAAAAGGGUUAGAGCUGCUUAUCAGGAGUUUGAAGAAAAGUUGUUACCACAAUUAAAAAAAGAAUUUCCUACUUAUCGAUUAUCACAGCUGAAGCAGGUCUUGAAGAAACGAUGGCAGAAGUCACCUGAAAAUCCUCUAAAUCAAAAAAUUUUAGAUAUUAUUCAGUAG